AUGGGUAUCAUUCAGAAACUCAUCGUUGCUUUUGCCUUUCUCUGUUUAGCCAAUACCAAGCCUACUGGCAAGAGGCAGGCUGGUGGAUGCGCCGCGCCUGUGCAGCGUCGAGCAUGGGUCAAUCUGAGCAACGAGGAGAAGCAAGCCUACAUUCAGGCCGAUAAAUGCCUCCAGAACACGCCAGCUCAAUAUGGCAUCCCAGGCGCUCGAACAGUCUGGGAUGAGCUGCAGUACGUUCACAUUCGGCAAGCCAACUUCAUCCACGGCGUGGGAACAUUCCUACCAUGGCAUCGAUACUACAUCAAACUGCACGAGACGCUUCUAUCAAAGCAUUGUGGCUACAGCGGCGGCAACCCCUACUGGCGAGAAGCCGACCACGCGGACAGCAUCUGGGCCACGAAUCUCUGGGACGCAACGACCGGCAUGGGCGGCGACGGCCAGGGCGAGCAAGGAUGUGUCGCAGACGGACCUUUCGCGGGCCUGACACUGAUCUACAAUGCCGCAGCGCAGCCUGCGGCACCUUACUGCUUGGCUAGAAGGUUCAACGUUGCGUCUUUUCAGGAGGCGGGUCAGAGUCAUAUUGAUGAGUGUUUUGCCAAGCAGUCGUACUGGGAGGCGAUGCAGUGCUAUGGCAAUGCGGUGCAUUGGGCUGGUCAUGCUGGCGUUGGCAGAGUGAUGGAAGACGCAAUGCUGGCGCCAGGCGAUCCAGUGUUCUUCUUGCACCACGCCAACCUCGACCGUCUUUACUACGAAUGGCAAAGAGCAUCGCCCGGCCGAGUGAACGAGAUCGCAGGCCCCAAUACUCCCGGCCCCGAGUUCGCCGCAGACAAUUGGGGUCGUCCCGGACCAGAGUUCACGGAAUCCUCAGGUGACGGCGGCGGAGAGACGACUCUCAACCACGUGCUGUGGAUGGCGGGCAUGAUCCCCAAUGCUACAAUCUCCCAAGUUCUAGACAUCCACAGCGAGAUCAACUGUGCGGACUAUCUCUAG